AUGAAUGAUUUGUCGCCUGCUUUAUUAGUGACUAGGUCUGGUGUAUAUUGCCAUGGUCUAACUAUUAGGAAUGAUAAGAGAAUAUACCCGACUAUACCAGGAUCUGCCUCUUCUGGUACUGUCCCACGUGCACACCCUAACCUGUUAUGGCCUAGCUGCUGCGCCACAAAUCGGCCGAUUCGGACUAACCCAGAAUGCUCUGCAGCGGUAGCUGCGACUGCCAAAAUGGCUCCUUCAGACGACCUCAAGGCGCACGCCGCCUCGUCCCAUGAUUUUUACGCCCUCCUUGAAGUCUCCCCCGCCGCGUCGGAGAGCGAGAUCCGUCGUGGAUACCGACGCGCAGCGCUCAAGUACCACCCCGACAAGAUCGCCAAUCCAACCCCCGCAGAC